AUGAUUUCCGCAUCAGCUGUUAACCGUGCAAAGAUGUUGCUGGGACAUAUUCGUUCAUUUUCCACUUCUUCCGCCUUAUCAAACAAAAUCAAGGUCAAAAACCCAAUUGUUGAGAUGGAUGGUGAUGAAAUGACAAGAAUCAUAUGGCACAAGAUUAAGGACGAUUUGAUUCACCCAUAUUUGGAUGUUGAUUUGAAGUAUUACGAUUUAGGAAUUGAAAACCGUGAUGCCACUAGCGAUCAAGUAACAGUUGAUGCUGCUCACGCAAUUCAAAAAUACGGGGUAGGUGUCAAAUGUGCAACCAUCACACCAGAUGAAGCUAGAGUUAAAGAAUUCGGUUUAAAAAAAAUGUGGGUUUCGCCAAAUGGUACAAUUAGAAAUAUUUUGAAUGGUACUGUGUUCAGAGAAAGUAUUAUUAUUCCAAGUGUACCUCGUUUUGUUCCCGGAUGGAAAAAGCCAAUUGUUAUAGGAAGGCAUGCAUUUGGUGAUCAGUACAAGGCUACUGACUUAGUCAUCAAGGAACCAGGUACUUUGGAGUUGAGAUUCACCCCAGACAAUGGUGGUGAAGCUCAAGUACAUAAGGUAUAUCAAUACACCAGCCCAGGUGUCGGAUUAGCUAUGUACAACACUGAUGAAUCAAUCAAUGGUUUUGCUCAUGCAUCAUUCAGAAUGGCAUUGAGUAAAAACUUGCCAUUGUACAUGUCUACCAAAAACACCAUUUUGAAAAAGUACGAUGGUAGAUUCAAAGACAUUUUCCAAGAGAUUUACGAUAAGGAAUAUAAGGAACAAUUUAAAAAGCAAGGAUUAUGGUAUGAACAUAGAUUAAUCGAUGAUAUGGUUGCUCAAAUGAUUAAAUCACAAGGUGGAUUUGUUAUGGCCUUGAAGAAUUACGAUGGUGAUGUUCAAUCUGAUAUUGUCGCUCAAGGUUUUGGCUCCCUUGGUUUAAUGACUUCGGUCUUGGUUACUCCAGAUGGAUCAGCUUUUGAGUCAGAAGCUGCUCAUGGAACCGUCACUAGACAUUAUAGAUUAUAUCAACAGGGUAAAGAAACAUCAACCAAUUCAAUUGCAUCCAUUUAUGCUUGGACUAGAGGUCUUGCUCAAAGAGGUAGAUUGGAUAAUACUCCAGAAGUUGUUGAGUUUGCCAACAAGUUGGAGAAGUCUACCAUUGACACUGUUCAAAUUGAUGGAAUCAUGACUAAAGACUUAGCCUUGACCAUGGGUAAGACCGAUAGAUCUAGUUAUGUAACCACUUUUGAGUUCUUGGAUGCUGUUGCAAACAGAUUGAAACAAUAA